AACCUCUUCUUCAUCUUCAUACUUAUCUAUAUUAUUAUCUAAAAAAUAAAGGAUAAAGAAGAGAAGACAAUGGUGAGUGAGGAAAAGAAAAACAAUGAAGGAAUGAUGAAGGAGAAGGUCAAGAAAGAUGAAAGAUUAAAAGAAGAAGAAGAAGAAGAAGAAGAAGAAGAAGAAGAAGAAAUAGAAGAAGAGAAGAAGAAGAAGAAGAAGAGAGAAAUGAAAAUAAAGGGUGGUUCAUUUUUGAAGCUGUUCUUAUUUGCUGAUGCAUGUGAUUGCACUCUCAUGGCCAUGGGCACUGUUGGAGCUUUUGUUCAUGGAGCUUCUGUUCCUGUUUUCUUUCUCUUCUUUGGAAAGCUCAUUGAUGUCAUUGGAACUGCCUCUCUCUUCCCUUCUUCCAUCUCUAACAAAGUUUCCAAGUACUCUCUUGAUUUUGUUUACUUGGGUGUUGUCAUCCUCUUCUCUUCUUGGAUAGAGGUGGCGUGUUGGAUGUACACCGGAGAAAGACAAACGGCGAAGAUGAGGAUUGAAUAUUUAAGAUCGUUGUUGAAUAGAGAUAUGGCAUUUUUCGAUAUUGAAACUACAACAGGGGAAGUAAUCACAACAGUUACCAAUGAUAUUAUCAUCAUCCAAGAUGCAAUUUCUGAAAAGGUGGGAAAAAGUAUACACUGUCUGAGCCGGUUUGUUGUUGGAUUUGUGAUUGGAUUUGCACGCAUUUGGCAAAUCAGCCUUGUAACACUAGCCAUUGUGCCAGUGAUAGCAAUUUCAGGUGGCAUCUUUGCUUACACCACCACUGGUUUUGCUGCUAGAAUAAGGAAAUCUUAUGUUAAAGCAGGAGAGAUUGCAGAGGAGGUGAUGGGAAACAUUAGAACUGUUCAGGCAUUUGUGGGAGAAGAGAAGGCUGUGAAGUCAUACAAGAAUGCACUAAUGCAAACUUAUAAAUUUGGGGUGAAGGCUGCUUUGGCCAAGGGUCUUGGACUUGGUUCUGUGUAUUGUGUGCUUUUCUGUUCAUGGGCAAUGCUUGUUUGGUUCACUAGUUGUAUUGUGCAUAAGAGUAUUUCGACCGGAGCCGAUGCGUUUACCACCAUGAUUAACGUUUUUGUAGCCGGCCUGUCUCUCGGGCAGGCUGCGCCACACAUCUCUACAAUUCUUAAAGCAAAAAUGGCAGCAAAACCAAUCUUGGAGAUGGUAAAGAAGAACAAGGAAAAGAAUAAAAGAAACAUGAUUGGAGGUACUUUAGCUGAAGUUGAGGGUCACAUUCAACUUUGCAAUAUGAGUUUUAGCUAUCCAUCAAGACCAGGUGUUCUCAUCUUUGAUGGACUUAACUUGGAUAUCCCAUCUGGGAAGAUUGUGGCACUUGUUGGUGGGAGUGGUUCAGGAAAAAGCACUAUAAUUUCAUUAAUAGAGAGGUUCUAUGAACCACUCUCUGGAACUGUAUUGCUAGAUGGCCAUGAUAUCAAGAAUUUGCAACUCAAAUGGUUAAGGCAACAGAUUGGGUUAGUCAAUCAAGAACCUACUCUUUUUGCGAUGAGUAUUCGCGAGAACAUUAUCUACGGAAAGGAAGAUGCAACCGAGGAGGAGAUUGCCCAUGCUGCAAUGCUAUCAAAUGCUGACACCUUCAUCGACAAUCUUCCUGAUCGAUACGAGACACAGGUUGGAGAGCGAGGAAUUCAACUAUCAGGAGGGCAAAAGCAGCGCAUUGCGCUAGCAAGAGUAAUAAUCAAGAACCCAAGAAUCCUCCUUCUUGAUGAGGCGACCAGCGCAUUAGAUGCCGAGUCUGAGAAAAGCAUACAAAAGGGACUCAACCGUGUCAUGGUGGGACGAACCACUGUCAUUGUGGCUCAUCGGCUAUCUACAAUCAGGAAUGCGAAUACGAUAGCCGUCGUACAAAAUGGGAAGAUUGCAGAGACUGGAACACAUGAUGAACUAAUGUUAAACCCACAAAGCACGUAUGCAUCUCUUGUUCAGCUUCAAGAAUUUGCUUCUCUUAAUGGAUUGUCAUCUGUUGAACAUUGUAAAAGGUUGACAAGUUUCAGAGCAUCAGACAAACAGUUUCAUAGUUUCCAGUCUGAUAAGGACUCAUUUAGUAUUUAUGCCCCGGAUACAACUGAGCAACCAAACAUAAAGACAAUUUCAAUGAGAAGGCUGUAUUCUAUGGCUGGUCCUGAUUGGAAUUUGGGUCUGUUUGGCACUUUGGGUGCCUUUGUCACUGGAGCACAGAUGCCAUUGUUUACUCUUGGCAUGACACAAGCUCUUGUGGCUUACUAUAAGCCCUGGGAAGACACUCAAAGAGAAAUAAAAAUGAUAGCUUUUCUCUUCUGUGGAGGUGCUGUUAUUACCUUGAUUUUUCACACAAUACAACAUGCUAACUUUGGAAUCAUGGGCGAAAGACUUGUUCUUCGAGUCAGAGCGAAGAUUUUUCGAGCUAUUUUGCAGAAUGAGAUUGGAUGGUUCGAUGACACAAAACAUGCAAGUGCGAUGUUAGCAAGUCGGUUAGAAACUGAUGCAAGCCUUCUUCGAUCUAUCAUCAUCGAUUGUUCAGCUACUCUUCUGCAUAAUCUUGGGUUGAUUAUAACCUCAUUCAUCAUCACAUUCAUAUUAAAUUGGAGACUAACCUUGGUGAUCUUGGCCACCUUUCCUUUGCUAAUCACCGCAAAUAUUAGUGAGCAAUUAUUCCUCAAAGGAUUCGGAGGUAACUUGAGCAAAGCAUACUUGAAAGCAAACAUGCUUGCUACCGAGGCUGUGAGCAACAUCCGCACGGUCGCAUCUUUUUGCUUAGAAAAUAAGGUGGUGAAAUUAUACGCUAGUGAGCUCAAUGCACCGGCUAAGCGCUCCUUGCUACGUGGCCAUAUUGCCGGCAUUUUCUACGGCAUGUCUCAAUUUUGCCUCUACUCUUCAUAUGCUUUGACAUUAUGGUAUGCUUCGGUUUUAAUGAGCAAAGAGAUUGUUAGCUUCCCAUCAGUGAUUAAAACAUUCAUGGUGUUGAUUGUAACAGCGUUUGCGAUGGCGGAGGCCUUGGCAUUGGCCCCUGAUAUUAUAAGAGGAAAUCAAAUGGCGAAUUCGGUGUUUGAAUUAAUGGAUAGGAAGACCGAGAUAGUGAGUGAUGGUGGAGUUGAUGCCGGUAGGGUUGUCGGAAUAGUUGAGUUAAAAGGAGUUAAGUUUUGCUACCCUUCAAGGCCAGAUGACGUUAUUUUUAGAGAUUUGGAUCUUAGAGUCAGCUCUGGCAAGACCAUGGCAUUGGUAGGGAUGAGUGGGUCUGGUAAGAGCACAGUGCUUGCUCUUAUUUUGAGAUUUUAUGAUCCAACUGCUGGGAAAGUGAUGAUUGAUGGUAAAGACAUAAGAAAGUUUCAGUUGAGUUCCCUUAGAGAACACAUAGGUCUAGUUCAACAAGAGCCAGCUUUGUUUGCGACAACCAUCUAUGACAACAUCUUAUACGGCAAAGAUGGUGCAUCAGAAGCCGAGAUCAUCGAAGCAGCAAAGAUCGCGAACGCACAUUCGUUCAUCAGUGCCUUACCGGAGGGCUACUUAACUAAAGUCGGCGAAAGAGGCCUUCAACUUUCCGGUGGGCAAAAACAACGUAUUGCUAUUGCUAGAGCCAUUAUUAAGAAUCCAGCUAUUUUACUGCUCGAUGAGGCUACAAGUGCGCUUGAUGUCGAAUCCGAGCGUAUUGUUCAACAAGCAUUGGAUAGAGUUAUGCAAACACGAACAACAGUCAUGGUUGCUCAUCGGUUAUCGACUGUCCAAAAUGCCGAUGAAAUAUCGGUUUUGGAAGAUGGGAAGAUCAUUGAGAAAGGAAGUCAUAAAAGUCUUGUAGAGAACAUUGAGGGUGCCUAUUACAAGUUGAUUAACUUGCAACAACAAAAGAAUUGAAGGAACAAAACAAACCAUAAAAAAGAAAUAUGUAGUUUUUAAAUGAUCAAUUUUAUUUAACUGUGAUUUUGUAA